UUACUCUCUCUGUAAUCUUUUGAAGUGAAAGCAAAGAAAACCAGGCCCAAGCCAACCCUGCAGGCCAUCAUCAAAUAUUCCCUCUUACCCCUUCCAAACACACCACUUUCUACAUCAAUAUGGAAACACCAAUGACUCCUUCUCCAAAACCAGCGAAAAACUACAGCUCCUCGGUUGACUCUUCUCGCCCAUUUCGAUCCGUCAGAGAAGCUGUUGCCAUCUUCGGCGAGCGAUUUCUCGUAGGAGAAAUAUACUCUCCAAAGCCUUAUUAUACUCCUCUAAGAGAAGAAACUAAUGCAUGGAGGUUCUUAUCACCAAGCCCCAGUUACAAAAGCCCCGAAGAAGAUCAUCAUGAAGUACAAAAUGAUCAGAUCUUUGGUACUCUUAAGAAACUCGAGGCUGAACUUGAGGAAACAAAGGCAGAACUGAAGUUGCUAAAGGAGAGAGAGUCCGAGACCGAAAUUGCACUGGCUUCAUUGAAUGCUGAGCUCCACAUGAAUUUGUCUAAGUUGGCUGAGGCAGAGGCAGCUGCGGCUAAAAAGGCGGCAGAGUCGACAAUAGCGGUGAGUUUUGAGAGGAAAAAGAUGGAAGAUCUUCUCAAGGAGGAAGAAAGGAGGAGAGAGUUGACGGUAAGAAUGGAGAAUUUUCCAACCUUGGCUCAGAUAUUGAAUCUUGGGGGAGAGCAAGGGUCCUUCCGAGGGAAGAAGGAGAGGAACGUAAUGAAAAAAAAGCCUAUUGUUCCUCUUGUGGGAGAUUUGUUUUUCAAGAAAAAAGGUUCUUCUAAUACUCUUAACAACCCUCUAUAUGCAUCCCCUGAAAUGUAUUUUAAUUGAGAAAUUUUGGAAAAACUUUCCAUUGAUGUCGUAGAAAAGUGUGUGCAUGCAUGCACUGUUGCAUGCAAGGUGAGUUAAAUUUCUGUAUAUGAUGCAUAUGUAAUGUGUUUUUUGUGCCCACGCUAUUAAAAAACUGGAGAAUUUCUCCAAUAUUGCCUGUUCA